UGCAUACCUGCCACUUCUACACAAAGCCUGGUUAUUUACCGAACUGCUACGCUCCAUGCUGGUACUCAUGGCAGCUGUGAAUAACUGCCACAUAGUACGACUGGAUUCCAUACUGCACACUCAGGCCGUCAGCUAAGUGAGUAGCAGUGUCAGUUUUGUCUGUGGUGUUAUUCAUACAGUGCGGUACAUAAACAGUUUUGAUUCUCCGCAGAAAUGGACAAAUACGUCACAUUCGAGGAAUAUCGUGACAUGUGGAGGAUAACCAACCAAGCCAUAUCUCAUGUACCAAAGGAUGAACAGUAUAGCGAAUAUGAAGGAAUCAGGCUCCCACUUCAUACCGCCAAGGUAGUGGAAGACCUCAAGACAUGGGAAGUAAGACACGACGACGUGUGGAUCAUAACAUAUCCUAAAUCAGGAACAAUUUGGACCCAAGAGAUAACGUCAGCCGUGAUGCAUGAUGGGAACCUUGACGCUAUCAGGGCUAGGCACGUUCUCUUCCGGGUUGUUUAUAUCGACAAAACUCUACCCGCAGAAAUCAGACGGCUGAAAAAUGUUCCUGACAGCCAUCGACUCGCUGAGGAGAUUUCAUCGCCUCGUGUUCUCAGGAGCCAUCUCCCGGGCCCCUUGCUACCUCUUCAAUUAUGGGAAAAGAAGCCGAGAAUUAUCUACGUCAUGCGUAAUUUCAAAGACGUAGCGGUAUCCUACUUCUACUUCAUGAAGAUGGCUAUCAACGACAGGGCAACUCUAAAUCAGUCCUUUGGGGAAUUUUUGGAUGAAAUGAUGUCAGGAAAGGUUCCGUAUGGAACAUGGUGGGAGCAUGUGUUGUUCUUCUGGAAGAGAAGACACGAGAAAAACAUCCUCUUUCUUCGCUAUGAAGAUCUGAAGGCGGAUUUGCGAGGAAACGUGGAAAAGAUCUGCAAUUUCCUGGGGAAGGACUUAUCUGCGGCGUCACUUGAUGCAAUCACGCAACACUGCUCUUUCACGGCCAUGAAAAGCAAUCCUAUGGCACACAUUGACCUCAUUUUUGAUCGACAAGGGUUGCCAGAGGAUGUAACCUUCAUGAGAAAAGGAGAAGUCGGGGAUUGGAAAUUGCAUUUUACCGUGGCGCAAAACGAAGUCGUGGAGAACCACAUCGAGGAGAAAAUACGCGGGAGUGGAUUGACCAUUAAGUCCUAAACGGAUGCAUCAACGCCCAAGUUUGGAUAGUAAAAGGGAGGAUAGCAAACGUAGUUGCAGCGUAUCUUGCUGUCCCAGCUGAGGUAAAAGGAAGGUUAACAAAUUGAACCUUUGCUUUGGAAACCGACUGUGUAGAUUUUACACCUGAUCAAAGUUGUCAAUGUUGUUUAAUUUUUCCUAGUGGCUGGACUAAAAUUGAAAAUAUCUCUGGUUUAAAAACGUUAUUUCUUGGAAUAUUUAGAUAAUCUUUGGAUUUUUGGGAUAAUUUUGGUAAGUUUUAGCUACAUUGGUGCGUUUUCGCUUAAGUACGUCUUAAUUUUUGAACCCAAGGAGAAAAUAAUACUUUCAGGAAUAAACUUGACCUAUAAAUUUCUUCUGGGUAUAUAUUGGGUAUUUCGGCGAUUGUUAUUAGGAGCAUUUUUUUUCCAGUUCGUCUAUUUUUCCACUCCAACUAUUCACCUCGGUACAUUGUUGGUGACGGCAAUGAUUUCAGCUGACGGCAAUAAUUCCAGCGUGCCCUUUAUUAAUGCAACUAUUUCUCUGUCCUUGUCUCCAUCACUCGUGUCUUCAAUGUCUUGACAAUUUUGCUGCCAGGGUGCCUCUAUUUAAUUCUGAGGUUCUCAUAUCUUGUUGGCACCGGAGGAUGUUCAGCUCGUUGAAAUUAGAAUAUAACAUGACAUCUUGGGGAAAAAAUAAUUCAUCUUUUUGAGUAACUUUUAUUUUCAUGAUUUUACAUACUAAGUAAAAAGAAAUGCAUUUUAGACAUCUAUCUUUAGCUAAAACCCAUCUUUAAAAAGAUGGGUUGGCCCUAAUGAAAAAUUGCCGAGUGUUUAGCAGCGUGAAGAUAUUAAUUGUACUUAUUCAUCUUUUUGAGUAACUUUUAUUUUCAUGAUUUUACAUACUAAGCAAAAAGAAAUGCAUUUUAGACAUCUAUCUUUAGCUAAAAUCUUUAAAAAGAUGGGUUGGCCCUAAUGAAAAAUUGCCGAGUGUUUAGCAGCGUGAAGAUAUUAAUUGUACUUGUACUCUACCAACCAGUUUCUGGAAUAGCCCUAUGAUCCCGGGCUUCAUUUCUCUCUUCUCUCUACCUAUAUUAUUGUAUUCUUGAUACAAUAGACAUCGUUUACAUCACAGCGAUUGAGCCGUUCUUCUCAUUAAGUAUUAUAGCUCGCCACUUAUGCGCAAUUCUCCAGGGUCUUAUGCUAGACUUUGCAUAUGCGUCAUUACCCGUUUUAAUCCAAUUACCAUAGCAACCUCCCUAUUUCUCCGCGGAAAUCAUCGAAAUCAUUUAUGAGUGACAUUGGAGCUAACGAAGCAUGAAGCCUGUGGUAAAGUCUACCAGUCGCCACCGGCACUGCUGAUGAAGCUGCCACCCAACAGACAUAAUAUUCCACACCCAAUGUUGAAUAAGGAUCUCCGUCGCAUGAUCUGCAUAUAAUAUAUUUGUAUGACUUGUUAAAAUUAAACAGAAGGCUGUUUUGGCCUCUACCGACGAGGUGUGACAGUAGGCCUGUUUGUGUGCUUACCAUUGUGAAUUAUUGGAUGAAGUGAAACGAUGGCAAGCCAAGAAUGUAAUAGAAUUGGAGUUGCGACGUUCGUCACUUUAUGGCUUGGAUUCAUGGUAUGUCAAUAUGAUUAGCAUGAAUUUAAUUUAAUAUUUUAUCAGUUUAAAAUAAAUUAGUAUCGCUCAAAAAUAAUCAUCAUGGUGUUGGCAUUGCAAUAUAAAUACUAAAACGCUCCCAAAUUGUAGCAACAUAAGAGUAACCUCAAAUAUGAAAUAAUAAAAUAAUUGCACUGUUAAA